AUGUUUCGACAAAGAACAAGCUCUCAGAAGCCGGGGGAUGAGCUGCUUGCCAACUUCCGACAGCAGUUCCCCGAGGUCUCAGCGGUCAGCACCUCGGCCGCCGCGCCCGUUAUAUCCCAGACUGUCGGCGCCGACAUUACUCUCGCUCCGUCGGUGCCUCUACCUGAAAGAAGCCAGGGUAUUAGCCAAGAUGCAUUUCGCGACCAAGACCCUACUCCUCGGGCGACGAAUGACCCGUGGAGAUUUACUCCCUCACUUCUAGAUCCCAACUCCAUGUCCUUCGCCAACUUCGCCAAUGCGCCGCCUGGCUAUUACACACCCACACCUGGAGGCACAAACACCCUAUUCCACUCUCAAGCUGGUGAUUUGCAUACUCCGACGCUGGGACUCGGCAUGGGCCUCAAUACGCCGCUGUCCAUGCCAACAUCUGGGGACGGGAUGCAACAUGGCUCAAACCAAGCAGUUAUGGACAUGACAGGUUUCCAGACGCUGCAGCCUCACCAGUUUCACCACUUCAACCCGUUUAUUCAGGCGCCCCCGCCGCAGCCUGCUUUUGCGCCGUCCACUUUCGUCCACCAGGACACAGGAUAUGAGACGAUGGAUCAGGACGGAUCGCCUAUGGACUCGGACCCUUCUGAAGAGCGCAUGUCGUCUAUCGGGGUCACCCUUCAGAAGACAACCCCAUUAGUUGGCCUACAGUCGCGCCAGUUCUCCAGUCCCAUGACACAUCCGCUACCUCCCUCGGCCGAGAAGUUUCGAUUUCACUCAACACUUAACGCUCCCACGGCCAUGAUCAAGCAUUCAGACGAAAUUCCUGUCACCUAUCUCAACAAGGGCCAGGCAUACUCCUUGUCCGUCGCGGACACUAACGCCACAAUGCCCGUGGCACCUGGGACCAAAUACCGCACAUUUGUCCGAGUUUCAUUCGAAGACGACCAGCAGCGACAGCGCCCAGGUGUGUGCUGGGGUCUUUGGAAAGAGGGCAGAGGCACCAACGAGGCGCAUCAAAGAGGGGGGAAACUCCAAGCAGUUGAGUACGUUGAGGCGGGGCAGCCUGCUGAAGGCGACGACAAGAGGACUCGAGUGGAACUAGAGUCGUCUUCUUUUGACGGAUUUUGCGUCACUUGGACCCCUGGAAUCAACGGGCCCCCCGAAGUCAACAUUGCGGUCCGUUUCAACUUCCUCUCUACCGACUUCAGCCACUCGAAGGGUGUCAAGGGUAUUCCUGUGAGGCUCUGCGCCAAAACCCACCCCGUUCCCUGCGACCCCUCGCAGCCAGCCGCUGACGCGAAUCCCGAUAUCUGCUACUGCAAGGUCAAGCUCUUCCGCGAUCAUGGAGCAGAAAGAAAGCUAUCUAAUGACGUUGCACAUGUCAAGAAGUCCAUCGACAAGCUUAAGCAGCAAAUUGCGCAGGCCGAGAGUGGACUAAAGGACUUUGGAAAGCGGAAGCGCUCAAGCGGUGCCGCAAAGAUGGGAGAUCAACGCCCAGGAAAGGUGCAAAAGCACAAGCGAACAUGGUCAAUGUCCUCGGCCAGUUCCGCUGGGGGCGGCAACGGUGGAAGAAUGUCCAUGGAAGAGGAUCUUCACUUCAAACUACAGACUCUACAGGACAUGUUUACCAGCACACGGCCCGUCAGUGUCCUGUUCCUUCGAGGCGAAGAACAAGACGAUCCCGAUUUGCACCCGGUAUCGCUACCAGGAGACGUUUCGCCCCUGACUAGACCUGAAGGCCGCGACGGUCCCAACUGGCAGGCUCGGAGCGGGCGAAGCUCUCUCGCUGGUUCCAUGAUCUCCCCCUCGCCUAGCUCACUUUCUCUAGCGUCACAAGCCUCUGGCAUCGGCCCAGGCGGCCCAUGGCAGGGUUUUGACUCGGUCGCGGGAGGUGACAUGUCACGCAAGGGCUCGGAACAACCCACCAGGAUCAACAAGGGCGAUGAUGACGGUAGCCUAAGCGGCUGGAUCGAGGCAUUGGGUGUCGACGCAUCCUAUCGGCCUCCUCAAGAACGAAGCCCAAAGCCCAUUGCGUGUUUCUAUAUCCUAAGACGGACCCAGGACGAAUCCGGAAAGCCGGAUUAUCAUCGAGCUAUCUACUUGAUGCAGCGCACGCUCCAAGAGUUGAACAACAGAAUUGCAGCCAAGUGGGGCUUCGACUCAUCGCAAAUUCUCCGUACGAUCCACACGAUUCAGAACGGUCUGGAAGUCGAGAUGGACGACGAUGUGGUUCGAGAGCUCAAGGAGGGUCAGGACAUGACUCUCGAGAUCGAGGUUAUCGGACAGCCCGGCGCAGUAAAGAGGGAAUGGGAAAUGGCAGUUGACUCUACCGACGACAGCCCCGAGUCUUCCAACGACAAAGCAACAAGCGGUUAUGUUCUCCGCCUCACCUUUUAAUUUCUUUUUUAUUUCUUUUCUCUCUAUUUGUUUCGUUGCUGUCGGUUUGUCUUUUGCGUAUGACAGCUUUGCAGCAAGUGAAGGCUUGGGUCUAGACUGGGGAUUGCACUGUUUUGCUUGGUUCCCCAGCCUGUCACCAGGUUGGGCUCACGAUCACAUACAUACACGGAAAGGGAUUGUGGCUCUGAGGCGUUGACGACUUCUUCUUUUUAUCCUUCUUCAAAAAUGAUACCACCGGUUUUUUUCUGUGAGAAGAUUUUGGGAGGCGAAUGUUUGUUUUGCUUUCUUUGCUUCUACCCUUGCAGUCUCGUCUUGGUUUUGUUCACGAGGAACGUUUGAGUUGUCCGGGCAGAGAGGGUUGAGGUUAUCACGAUUACCGGUCUUCCAGCAACAAACAAGGGAUUACACCGCCACCUUUGCCCCUAUCUGGUUCCCCUUUGUCAGUUUCCAUGACUCUUGUGGACACCGUUCUUUGCCUAUUUUUGGCAGUCAACAUGCUCACUAUUCCGUCGACUCGAAACACAGGUCGAAUGCAACGAGGCCUUUUUACCACCAUAAUAAUGUUUGGCAACUUGAAUCACACCCAAGAAGCACACGCAGCGUACAUGCACACACACACACACACACACACACACACACACCACACCAGUCCCAACGUAUACGAAAAUGGGGACUUACGAAGUAAUGCAGGCGGAAAUGGGAUAGGACGAGGAAAUGGAAAGGAGUAUCGAUGCUGCUGUUGUUGUUGAUGCGGCGACAUGUAUGUAUAUACUAUGGCAUAUACAAUACCCAUACUUUUU